GGUUGGGCCGCGGCGGUGACUGGGCCGGCGCCCGGCAGGCAGCAGGAUCGCAGCCGGACCCAUUAGAACCGGGGCGGCCGGCGACUCCGAGUCUCGCAGGCUAUCAGGCGAGCCAGCCUUUACCUUCCCCGGAGCAUCCCCGCCUCCGAGUCGUUGCUCGCCAGGCCGGGCUGGGCGUGAUGCGCCGCGGGACCCCUGUCCUGGCCGUUGGCCGCCUCCGCCGAGUCCCCAAGACACCACAGUGACGCCGCAGCCAUGGAGAGCGGCCCACAUGCAGAGCCGGGUGCCGGCGCACCCUCAGCUGUGGCAGCCAGGACCCCCCCAGAGCCAAGACCUUCUCCAGAGGGUGACCCCUCACCGCCUCCACCGCCACCACCAUCGAUGUCAGCCCUCAUCCCCGACACUCCCCCGGACACCCCUCCAGCCAUGAAGAAUGCCACUAACUCUAAACAGCUCGCACUGGAACCAGAGAGUCCCCCAAGGCCGGUCGGGCCUAGGCCAACCCCCCAGCAGGAAGAGUCCCCUUUCUCAGAAGCGAAGGUCAGGGGACCCACCCCAGCAGCCACAGGCCCACGGGAUUCCAGGCCUCCUCGAAGGAGCAGCCAGCCCUCUCCAACGGCAGUGUCAGCCUCCGACAGCCCUUCUGCCAAGCAAGAUGUGAAGAAGGCAGGAGAGAGACACAAGCUGGCAAAGGAGCGGCGAGAAGAGCGGGCCAAGUACCUGGCGGCCAAGAAGGCAGUGUGGCUGGAGAAGGAGGAGAAGGCCAAAGCACUGCGGGAGAAGCAGCUCCAGGAGCGCCGGCGGCGGCUGGAGGAGCAGCGGCUCAAAGCCGAGCAGCGCCGAGCGGCUCUGGAGGAGCGGCAAAGACAGAAGCUCGAGAAAAACAAGGAGCGCUAUGAAGCAGCCAUCCAGCGGUCAGUGAAGAAAACGUGGGCCGAAAUCCGGCAGCAGCGCUGGUCCUGGGCAGGGGCCCUGCACCACAGCUCCCCAGGGCGCAAGACCAGUGGGAGCAGGUGCUCUGUGUCGGCAGUAAACCUGCCAAAACACGUGGACUCUAUAAUCAACAAGCGGCUCUCAAAGUCCUCUGCCACGCUCUGGAACUCCCCCAGUAGAAAUCGAAGCCUGCAGCUGAGCGCAUGGGAGAGCAGCAUCGUGGACCGUCUUAUGACGCCCACCCUCUCCUUCCUGGCACGGAGUCGCAGUGCAGUCACACUGCCCCGCAAUGGCCGGGACCAGGGUAGGGGCAGCGGCCCUGGGAGAGCCGCCACAAGGGGCCGGGCAGGGGCCAGCCUCGCGUGUGGGCCACAUCCCGACCACACUCAUCCCUCUGCAGCCGUGCCGGUGUGCCCGCGCUCGGCCUCUGCCAGUCCCCUGAUGCCGCCCUGCAGUGCCCCCCGCAGCAGCAUACACCGCUGCACCCCCUCCUCCGGGGAGCGUGGGGAGCGCCGCAAGCCCAGCUCAGUGGGCAGCCCCGCCCCCGUCCACCGCAGGCCCCAGGCCUCGCCGGUGCAGAAAAAGGAGAAGAAGGACAAGGAGCGGGAAAAUGAGAAGGAGAAGAGUGCUCUGGCCCGGGAGCGCAACCUUAAGAAGCGUCAGUCACUGCCUGCCUCGCCCCGCCCACGCCUCUCUGCUGGCACAGCCUCUGAACUCAGUCCCAAGUCUAAGGCCCGGCCAUCCUCUCCCUCCACAUCCUGGCACAGGCCUGCCUCUCCCUGCCCCAGCCCAGGGCCCAACCAUGCUCUGCCCCCAAAACCGCCAUCCCCCCGAGGCACCACUGCAUCACCCAAGGGGCGGGUUCGGAGGAAGGAUGAGGCAAAGGAGACGCCCAGUGUGGCAGGACAUGAGGACAAGAACCAGAGCAAGGGCAAGGCCAAUGAAGAGAAGGAGCCUGCAGCCCCAUCCUCACCAGCACCCUCACCUGUGCCCUCACCCACCCCAGCCCAGCCCCAGAAGGAACAGCCCACAGCCGACGUCCCUGCAGAUACUGCUGGCUUGACCUCGCCCCCAGUGCCCUCCCCCUCAGCGGCCCCUAGCAAACCCAUGGCCGGCACCACAGACCGAGAGGAGGCUACCCGGCUCCUGGCCGAGAAGCGGCGCCAGGCCCGAGAGCAGCGGGAGCGGGAGGAACAGGAGCGGAGGCUGCAGGCGGAAAGGGACAAGCGAAUGCGAGAGGAGCAACUGGCUCGGGAGGCCGAGGCCCGGGCUGAGAGGGAAGCAGAGGCCCGGAGGCGGGAGGAGCAGGAGGCCAGAGAGAAGGCCCAGGCCGAGCAGGAGGAGCAGGAGCGACUGCAGAAGCAGAAAGAGGAGGCCGAAGCUCGGUCCCGGGAAGAGGCAGAACGGCAGCGUCUAGAGCGGGAAAAGCACUUCCAGCGCGAAGAGCAGGAGCGGCAAGAGCGCAAAAAGCGUCUGGAGGAAAUCAUGAAGAGGACUCGGAAGUCAGAAGCUGCUGAAACAAAGCAGAAGCUGGACAGAAAGGAGGCAAACACCAACAAUUCUAGCCCAGACCCUGUCAAAGCCGGGGAGUCUCGAUCCUCAGGGCUGCAGAAGGAGGCUGUGCAGAAAGAGGAGCUGGCCACCCAGGAGCCUCAGUGGAGCCUGCCAAGCAAGGAAUCGCCGGGGCCCCUGGUGAAUGGCCUGCAGCCCCUCCCAGCACACCAGGAGAACGGCUUCUCCCCCAAGGGACCCACUGGUGAUAAGAGUCUAGGCCGAACGCCAGAGGCACUCCUGCCCUUCGCAGAGGCAGAAGCCUUCCUCAAGAAAGCUGUGGUGCAGCCCCCACAGGUCACAGAAGUCCUUUAAGGGGUUGCCUUGGAUCCAGGCACAGCUAUGAGAGCUCCUCUGCAUCAUCUACCAGGAUGUCUGGAAAAGAGACAGAACAAAGCCGGAAGUGGCCUGGGCCCCUGGGGUGGGUCCUCUCUGUUAUUUUUAAUCAGCACCUUAUAGACUGUUGUCUCUUUGACUGGGGCCAGACCCUGCUCCUCAGUGCAUUUGUGUGCUCACUCGCGCGGACACCUCCCGUACACACACAUACACUCACAGCCUCUCUGGCCUCCUCCCUUGGGGAAGGGCCACCUGUAGUAUUUGCCUUGGUUUGGUGGGGUACAGUGGAUGUGAAUACUGUAAAUAGCUUGUGCUCAGACUCCUCUGCCUGGAGGGGGCGGGUGCAGGAGGCAGACCCUCCCAAGACUCCCUGGGGAGAUCUUCCUCUCUCUAUUUAACUGUAACUGAGGGGGAGCCCAGGUUAGGGGGUGGCGGGGGCGCCUUGGGCCACAGGAUGCUGGUUGCUUUAGGGGUACCCAUGCCCCUGCCCUCGCCUGGAAUCAGUGUUAUUGCAUCUGAUCAAACUUCUCCAGAAAUAAAGUGAGAAUAAUUCUGCCAGUCCUGUCUAUCCUUGGGGCUGGCGCUGGGGGUGGUAACCGCAAGUGGCCUCCUGAGUUCUAAGGAGAACUUAAAGAGCCAGGGCCUGGGGACAUCUGCCCCUGCCUGGCAGUACUCCUAGUGGUCUCCCAGUUCAGUCAUGCAUUCAUUCAUUUAUUCAUUUAACAAGGAUGGUUGCAUCUACUCCGUAUCAGGCAGGGGGCUACAUGCUGGGGAUACAGUAUUAAGAAAAAACGUAGCCUCUUUUCUCAGGGAGUUUAC